UGAUGAGAUUACAAAAGGAAAUGCAGUGCUGGCUCUUGGGCUCUGGCCUGCAAUAAUUGUUUGCCUCUGAGUUGCUGAUUGAAGUGCAAGUGGUGGAGAGCCGAGGAGGGAUCAUGGACAGCAUACAGAGAUUCUCAAACCUGCCAACGUAUCUCCCAGCGAGCUCCCACAUCUGCAAUGCUGAUGUUUUCUUCUUCCUCAAAGAAGCCAACCAGGAUAUCAUGAGGAACUCCAGUUUGCAGUCUAGGGUGGAUUCAUUCUUUAUAUACAAAGCCAAGCAGCCACCUGUCCUAAAUGCCACGUAUGGACCCUUUUCUGUUGAACAGCCUGUUCCCUUGGACCUCAUGCUGACUUCUGCGUCUUUUGGUUUCACAAAUAAAUUCACUUUUAAUUGGAAAUUAAAAUCUCACAUAAUCAACAGCUCAAUCUAUUCCAAUAAACCCAAAAUACAAACCUUGUUCUAUAUUGCGGGGAAGGACUGGGAUGACUAUAACUCUGAGGAGAUGUUGCCUUGUGUGAAGAUGUUUGCAUUCCUGGAGUCUAGAGAAGUUGUGGCCAGCUGUAGAUUGACAGGCCAUCUAGGAUUAUGCGUUGCAGAGCUGGAAUUGUCUCCCAGCUGGUUCAGCUCCCCUCCACCCAUGGUUUCAGAGGAAACAACCUCUCUGGAAGGGAUUACUGUGGAGCUCUUCUAUAAGAUUUAUACAGUGGAUGGGGAAUGUUCUCCAGAGGAUGAAAAGUGGGAAAACAAUAUCCAUGCAGGUGAAGAUAAUGAACACCAAGCUUUGUCAGCUAUGGAGAGGAUUGGUAGCAUCGUUGUUUACCCAAAUCAAGACCAAUUAAAACAGUCUUCACUAAGGCUUGAUGAAAAUAUCGUUAUUCGCUUACCACUCAACCCUGUCAGAGAAGGUGACAUUGUGACCUUCCAUGUUUGCCUGGCUGAUGACUCGCUAGCAGACCAGUUUGUAUUAAGAAUCAGGACAGCCCCAGGUGUGAAGAUCACGGACAUCAGAGUGAGCGAUGCCGACCAGUGGGGGGUUCAGGAGGAGACCGACAGUGCGAGGACCACGGCCACCGUCACCUGCGUGCACAACGACCCAGGAGCAGAGGACAGGAAUACAGAGACCUGACAGCAGUGAUGGAGAAGCUUGUGCAUGGAAAAUUU